GCAGCUGCAGAAAUUUUCAAUCACAGUUCCUUAAAAAUUGUUGGUAUUCUUCGAAUUUCUGAAGGCAGUUAUGUAUUUUUGAUGGCGGAUUUUAGUGAAAAUUUUUCAUUUGCGCAGAUUACUUGGCCAUCCACGUUAAUACUGUGCAAAUAUUCUAAAAAAUUGCGAAGAGCGUGUGGGACAUGUGGAAGGUAUUGUGAUAAGAAUACAAGUGCAAAGUGUAGCUUCACAAAUAUAGAUAAAUGUAGAUAUCGAACUGAUUUAAGUUUGCCCUCGUCCACUCUGUUUAAUGCCCCUACACAUUCACAACUGUCACUUCGAACAUGGAAGGGACGAUUCGCUAAUUCUCACCUCCGAGAAUAUUUUCAAAAACAGGACGCACUACGAGGCAUUUUACAUACGGGUAUACUAUAUGGCUACACCUGGCUCCGAUCGGCAGCCUCUCCAAGCAGAGCGACCAGUCUGCCUACGGAAGCAAAGCCGGUUCUCUCUUUUAUUACCUCUUCUACGAACAUCCUCAUGCUCGUACGGAUGUAACAAAAAGAUACUGAAAGAAUUGGUACUGUUUUCGGUCACUCAAACUCCAACUUCCUCAAGUUCAUUGUCAAAAAUAGUAAAAAACUCAUUCGGAUGU